AUGGGAUCAAGCUCUAACCCUGAGGAUAAUUUGGUGAAUCCCACGGUCCCUGAUUUUGAUGAGGCAGUAGAGGUGGAAAAGACGAGAAUGGAGAUCCCAAAGCACCUAGAGGAUCGUUGCAAAUGGCUUGAGGAGAAGUUCAAAGCGUUGGAGAAUGUUGAUUAUCACGGUGGGAUUGAUGCUAAGGAUCUGAGCCUGGUCCCAGACCUAGUACUUCCUCCAAAGUUCAAGAUGCCGGAGUUUGAGAAAUACAACGAGACCAGUUGUCCUGAGGCUCACAUCACAAUAUUCUGUCGAAGGAUGACAGGAUAUAUCCAUAAUGAUCAGUUAUUAAUCCACUGCUUCCAAGAUAGCCUAAUUGGGGAAGCGGCCAAAUGGUAUAACCAGUUGAAUCGGGGCCAAAUUAGUUCAUGGAAAGACUUGGCACAAGCUUUUAUGAAGCAAUAUGGCUACGUGACGGAUAUAGCGCCUGAUAGAAUCACUUUACAAAAUAUGGAAAAAAAGCUGAACGAAAGUUUUAGGCAAUAUGCCCAGAGAUGGAGAGAAAUUGCUACGCAGGUUCAACUGCCACUGCUUGAGAAGGAAACGACCAUGUGCGGAAAGAUAGAAGUUGGGGAAAGCACCAAGAAGUUGGUCCCACGAAAGAGAGAAAAUGAAAUAAACAAUGUAAGUAGGAGUUAUGCAAAACCGAUCACUGUGAAUCAACCGAGAAUAGUAAACGCGAGUCAGCAAGCCUCAUCAAAGCAAGAGUCUGAUAUAAAGCGAAAUACGGAGAAACUCCAGUUUACGUCCAUUCCAGUGACGUAUAAGGAGUUAUAUCAAACUUUAUUUAAUGCACAUGUUGUAUCCCCGGUUUACCUGAAACCGAUGCAACCUCCGUAUCCCAAGUGGUAUAACGAAAAUGUCCAAUGCGAAUACCAUGCAGUAAUCACAGGACAUGCGAUAGAAAAUUACACCGCAUUUAAGAGGUUAGUGGAAAAGCUCCAUGAAAUGGGCAUCAUAAAAUUCGAUAAGUCAUCUGGCGGGGAAAAUCCGUUACCCAAUCAUGCCGACAAGGAGGUAAAUGCAGUAAUUGAGAAUACCGGGAAGAGAGUUAGAAUGACUGUGGCUGAAGUAAGAACACCAUUGAGAGAGGUUUGGAAGGAAAUAAUGAAGAAAGGGUUAAUCGCACAGAGUUUGGGAAACAGACCCCAGAAAAUAGGGAACUAUUGCGAGUUCCAUGAUGAGGAAGAUCAUGAGAUCCAAGAAUGUGAUGAAUUUAGGGCCCUAAUAAAGGAACUAAUGGACAAAAAAGAGCAGGAAUUCUUUGAAUAUGUAGAAGAGAGAGAUGUAUGCACCUCGGAAGGAGGGUCGUUAGGAAAAGACUGUGAGAUUAAUCGCCCAAGAGUAAUUAUUUCACAGCCAAAGAUUAAUGAAGUUGGAUUGAAAAUGGCACCAAGAAUAGUGAUACAGAAACCCGUUGCUUUCCCUUAUAAGGAUAGCAAGAGGGUACCUUGGAGUUAUAAUUGUAAUGUGACAAUUCCGGGAGGAAAGAACUAG